AUUUAAGCUUUUUUACCUUCAUUUUAUUUUUAGGGACAUUCUACAUAAUAAAUUUUGUAUUUUUAAAGUCAUUUCGGCUUAAAUUCCUGCUCAUUUAGGUCGUUUGACUUACACAUUUUUGAUAAUUUAGUUAUACAUAAACAAACUGUGUUAUAUUUUAAAAAUAAUAACAGUAUUUUGGUAUAACUCUCAAUUUGCUCAGUUGGUAUCAAUUCUGGCCUUAACUUGAACCGAUCCUCUAUGAUAUGAAUCCAUUGAUAUAAUAAAGUUCAAUUUUGAAUUUAUGAACUUGAUAAUUUCCUGUUAGAUCUUUUCUUUUGUUUAAAUAAUGGUAGAUGUUGACCCAAAGGACUUUAAAGAAAAUGAUGAUGAUAAAUCUGAUUACGAAUCAGAUAAAAAGAAGCUAGACUCUGGUAAAGGGCCUAACUUGUCAUUUUAUGAGUGUCCAACUGCAGCAGCAUCUAUUCAAGGUUUUGGGGAAGGAAGCGGAUAUAACACUAAUAGUUUAGAUUCUGACCAAGAAGAGAACUGCUACGAAACAGUAGUAAAGUCUGAAUUAUUACACCUUUCUACUGAAGGGGGGUCAGUGUCAUUAUCUCAAUAUACGAAAGCAACUGGUGGUUAUUUUGCAGGUUACCAGGCAGUUUUAUACCAGGGGAAUCCAACUUUAAAGGAGAAUCCUGAGCGCUUUUUAGACGAAAACUCAUUAAAUUACAGUCAAAGUGAUCCUGACAGUGUUAACCAUACACAAAUGAAUACCGAGAACUUACCAACGGUGGAACAAACAAACCCUUUUGCAAAUCAAGGAUUUGUUUCAAGCAAUUUUACUGUUGAAACCAGUACACCUGGAGUUCAGCCUACGGUUACGAGUGUUCGUUCUGAGGCCUUCGUCAACACAAAUGAUUAUCCUCAACGAUCAAGCUCUUUGAGUCCAUUGAGUAAUACGGUUGUACAAAACUCGAUGUUACCAGCUAUAGUGGAGUCCUCCAACACGAAUGGAAACUACUCAUUGGCUGUUGGAGGAACUUCUUCGGGAGUAUCUUACGUUCCAGAGGGAUUUGAUACUAUCACUGUACCAAGGUACAGACCGGUUGAGGUCGUUGAUAGAACCGUGGAGGUUCCAGUUAUCCACCAUAUUGACACGUUUGUUCCAAAAAAGGAAAUUCAAGAAGUUGAGAGUUACGUCAAGAAGCCCUACACCAAGUAUCUUGACAAGGUUGUCGAGGUUCCUCAAGUCCACUAUUCUGAUAAGAUAGUUGAGGUUCCUGAAUACCAUGAAAUAACUAAAACCGUUCCAAAGUUAGAAGUUAAGGAAAAGACUAACUAUGUUCCCAAAGUUGAGGUCAAAGUAGUUCCAAAAUACGUUGAAGUUCCUGUGGUAAAAAUUGUGGACAAAUACGAAGAAUAUGAAGAGGUUGAGGAAGUUGUUAAGCACGUUGAAAAGGUCGAGGUUGUCGAAGUUCCUAGAGAGGUUGUAAAACAUGUUGUUAAACCAGUUAGGAAAAUUGUUGAAAAGGAGAAGAUUGUGCCAGUUUAUGAGCAUCGCGAUGUGCCUGUUGAAAAGAUAAAAUACGUUCCAAAGGUUGAAACUAUCGAACAUGUAAGGGAGGUUCCUAGGGUCGUCGAUGUACCUGUUCCUUACAAUGUUCCAAAACACCAAUAUGUAGAUCAACCUUAUGUUGUUCCAAAGUACAGAGACGUUCCGGUUGCUGUACCAGUGUGCAAAACCGUGAAGCCAGUUUAUGAAUACAAAGGUCCUACCAACUACGUUGAUGUUCCAGUUCACAAACCCUAUUUCGUUAUCCAUGAUCAUCUCAAUUUCAAACCUGUAGGUGCUUUUAACGGAAAGAAUGAUGGAUCAUUUACUGUGGAUAACAGUGGUCCUUUCGUUACCGGUACUAAUACCAAUAAUGGAUUUAAUCCUGAAACUACAUUCACUCCAAAUUCUAACCCUGGUCACUUUCCUAACGGUAGUUUCAACGUUACAGACAAUUUGAACGAAAACUUUGGAAAUUCAGCCGUAUUAGGCGAGUCUGUCAGCUACAAGGUUGUUGGGAUGAGUAAGGUAGACUUGGAUAAGAUGAAUUUAGAGGAGAAGAAGAUGGCUCAGGAGAAACUUGACGAAGCUCUUAACAAUCCCAACUUCCAAGUUUACAAACAGUCCCUCAAAACUCCCAACCCUCUUGAAACCAACAACAAUAACUUUAACACUCCAAACUUCACCUUUACUCAACCUACAAACUUUAACUUUUCUCCUAAUACUAACAAUGGUGCUUAUAAUACUUCUUGGAACCCUCCCAACACGUCAAGUCCAAUUUUCACUAAUACUUGGAACAACCCUGCACCCAACACCAACCCAGCGACAGCGGCCAAUGCCACAACUCAAAAUAAUAACCCUGGUACCUUCGAACCUUCAAACAAUGGCAAUUUUGACAAUUCUAAGAAUUCAAAUCCUGGCCUCAGUUGGAGUAAAUUCGGUUCAUUUUCAAAGGGGAACGAUUCUUCGUCCUGGUCAAAGUGGAGUCCAGAAUUUGGCUCUAGAUACCCCUCAGGAGGCUGGAAUAACUGGAACAACAAUAAUUUAAGUGGUAGCUUUUUUGAAAAUAAUUUGAAUAACAAGUAUAAGUUUGAUGGUAAUUAUUCCAGCAACAACUUAUUUAACUGGACCGACAAGUUAUUUCAGUUUUUCAAGGGCUCAAAAUCGCCUGAGAACUCCUUUAACUCUAAUAAUAACCUUCAGAACCCCAACAACUUUAAGUCGUCCAACAAAGCUCCUACCUCUACUAGAGAUAAGCCUGUUAGCAACAACUACGUUUUCCCAGGCACUGGCUCAACAAACAAUGUUUGGACCAAGAAUAACUAUAACUUAGUUCAAGAAUCUUUCAGGAAUUGGAAGGUCCCUAACAUGCAUUUGGACCUCGAGAGAAACACUCCCACUAACAGGGCACUUUUCAGAGACUCCAGGGAUAAUUACCACAUGAGUAGCGGUAGUGGUAGCGUGGGUCACAGGGCUCUUAAACCCUCCAACCCAUAUCCUGCAUCAGAUUCCAACACUCCCAAGGUUCACUGAUUUAAUUUUAAUGUAAAGUAUACUUGUCG